CAGAGCUCAGUGGAGGGCGAAAACAGAGGUGACGGAUAGCUUGGGGUCGAUUUGGGACAUCAUGAGGCCGGGGAUCGCCGGCGCCGUCUUCGGACCGGGUUGGAGGUUCUGGGUCAACCCCGUCGUCUGGAGUGUCGUCAGGGCCGACGCCGUCGUCUGUUGUGCCUCCCCGCGUGGCAGUAGGCCUGCUGCUUAUACAAGAUGCACCCACGGAUAAGGGUCCGUAUGGAGGGGAGUUGAUGGUGUUUUGCAGUGUAUUUGUUUUGAUCAGGUUUGACUUCUCCACAUAAAAUCUUUGAAGAUAACGUUCACUGAUGUUGACUUUGUUUGCAGUGGGCUUGUAUAUUGGACUAGUCAUUCUCACGAUUGCGUGAGAAAAUUUGUUGGGCAUGCAUGGGGAAGAUAAAGGUAAAGCGACUAAUCCUCUUACGAAAACUAACGUGUCAAAUACAAAAAACAGUAGUAAUUUUCCCAAAAUUGUAUUUAUGUAGAUAAAUCGAGUGUAAAUUAGCAUGUUUGGUUGGUGCUCAGAAGAUGCACCAUGGUUGAUGACCCAGUGCUGCUUGUUUUGAAGCAAAUGUCUCAUACCUGAGAAAGUGUCCUCACAAAAAAAUGUGCAAGGACUUAUUAAGUGUUUUGGGCCAGUAUAUGGGCCCAUGGAAGACGGGCCCGUCUCGUCAACCCGACGGGAAUCCGUAGUUGGACGUCGUUAUCUGCGGCCCUCUCGCUUUGACGGUGCCACGUUACGAUAUCCGCCUUGACACUUUAUCAACACUUGGUUAAUAUUCGUGCCCAGCAACAAAUCUUCGCCCUCUUGAAGUCGUCAGAUGCGUCUCCGAUGCGCUCUCCUUCCCCUAUUUAAGGGUUGUUACGCGUGCGCAGACCUUCCUCUCCUCCCUCGCCUCUCGUGCCGAACCCAAACCCAAUAGGAGAAGGAAAAGAGAAAAAGAAAAAGAAAAAGGAAAAGAAAUAGACGAUCGAAUUCCCCACCCCCUUCUCUCUCUCUCUCUCUCUCUCUCUCUCUUCGGAUCCGUAACCGAAGCGGAAAAGAAAAAAAGAAAAAAAGAAAAAAAAGAAAUCGAAAAGAGGGGAAACCAGAGCUCGAAACCCUAACCCUAGCGUCCUUCCCGACUCCUCCACCGCUUCGGCUCGUCGUCGUCCCGCUCGAGCGAGUCACCCUUCCGAUUAGGGUUCCGGCGAUGUCGGGCUGCCGUCCCGGCGACACCCGACCAUGAGGCCCCCGCGAUGCCCCCAUCGGAACAUGGUCGGUAGAGGCGCCGACGGUCGCCCCGACGCCGAGGAGGAUCCCUCCCCUGCUGCCGCUCCGUCGGAGGCGGGCCUUCCGGGCGUGGAUCUCCUUGCGCAGGCACGGAAGGCACUUUCGUUCCGGUGCCCCUUCGACGCCGAGGAAUCCACCCCUAGGGUUCCGACGCUGCCCUCGGGGUUGGCCUCCUUCCUAUUGCGGGCCUCGGAGGGCCACAGAAAGCACAAGAAGUCACAGGGAGAGACCUCCGAGAAGCCUUUGGGGAACAGAAAGCCUUCGACCGUGUGGGAUGAGACUGAGGAGUUCUUCCGACCAGUCACCCUGGACGAUAUUGACAUGUUGGUGCCGAAGCUCCCGUUGGGUCCCGGUUUGCUGGACUCGUGCCUUGCCAUGCAGGUGACUGGAAUUGGCACGGGGGAUGGCCAGAAAUAUGAUAACUUGGUUGCUGAUGCAGUUGAAUUGAGUUCUAUUUCAUCGCCUAAGAAGGAAGAGGUAGUCUCGCAGCAAGUCAAGGACACUGAGAAUGUUCAGGCAGCUGAGGAGGCUCAACAAAUGGAAGUAGACAAGGUUGUGACAGUUGGUGGUGAUACAUUAUCCAUACAAGGGGGAGAUGAUGACCAUUCGUCUUUGCAUUGGAUUUUGGGCUCAAAGGAACGAUUCGUGCUCACAUCAGAGCGCCCCAAUAAGAAAAGAAAGCUCUUGGGUGGAGAUGCUGGCUUGGAUAGGAUAUUGCUGCUCCCUAAUUCAUUAUCGGGAGCUUCUCUCUGUGAUUUCUGUUGUUCUCCAGAGACUAGAGCAGAGUCAAAUAAGUUGCUUCGCUGCCAUUCUUGCAACGUCUUGGUGCACCAGAAAUGUUAUGGAGUGCUUGAGGUUCCAGAGGGGGUUUGGUUGUGCUCUUGGUGUAAGCAUUUAGAAACAACAGGAGAAAUUUUAGAGAGAGAUGGUCAGGAGCCUGGUCUAAGGCCAUGCUUGCUGUGCCCUAAAGAAGGUGGAGCAUUGAAAAUGGUGAAAGGGGAUUCUUCUCUGAACACAAGUGGCACUAGUACAAAGUUUAUGCACUUGUUUUGCAGUCUAUGGACACCAGAAGUGCAUGUGGUAGAUACUGGAUCAAUGGAACUGGCUAUGAACAUGGGAGGCAUAGAAGACAGACGUAGGAGACUCGUAUGUAAUGUUUGCAAGGUGAAGCAUGGUGUAUGCAUACGGUGUAGUCAUGGAACAUGCAGGACAUCUUUUCACCCUCUGUGUGCAAGGGAGUCAAAGCAUCAAAUGGAGAUAUGGGGAAAGUUUGGAUGUGAUAAUGUUGAAUUGCGAGUUUUUUGCUCAAAGCACUAUACUAUUCAAGGUAUGGACAGUGUUAAAGAUCCAAAGAAUAUGUUGGCUGUUGGUGAUCACUCUUUAGAAGCUGAGCCUUCGUCUGCUGUUCUAGCUGCUAAAAGGCUUCCAAAAGUGCGAUUUACUCGCAAGAGCAGGGAUAAAAGCAUGGUGCAAAAUGAAAUUACAAACUUGAACUCGGAAAAGUUAGUACAAAUGGACACGGAUAUGGAGCAGAAUGCUGUGGCUGGUAGGAUUGCUUCUGAAGGUAAUCAAGCAGGUUCAGAUGCAGAGAUGGAUUCUGGUGGAGUCAUUGACAGUGGAAAUAACAGAACUCCUGUUGAUGUUGCUGCAGUUCUAAGAAAGCUAAUUGAUCGAGGUAAAAUCAGUGCUGAUGAAGUUGCAGCAGAGAUGGGCAUCUCAUUGGAUUCUUUACAAGCAGCUCUUGUUGGAGAAACAACAUCCUUUUCACCUGGGUUGAGAUUGAAAAUUAUCAAAUGGCUUCAGAGUUCUAUACAUAUGUCCGCUUUGCAACAAUCAAGAGUUAGAAGUAGCCCUGCAAUAUCAUCAGAUAUUAAAGGCAAAGAUAUUGACGGUUCAAAUGCUGCUGCAGUAAAAGAUCCUGAAAAUAAACUAGCUGGUGAUAAGAUGACAGAUGUUGAAGUGUUAGAUGCUGUUCUGAUUAAGUCAUUACCACCACGGCGGAGAACGAAAAGCAACAUCAGGAUACUGAAAAAUAACAAAGCAUUGCAUUCAUCUGGAGUAGCUUCAGUUCUGGCGAACGGUAACAGGAAAAUAGUUGACGAGACUGAUGACAUGCCAGUUGUCAUCAGUGAAGAUGUGAAAGGAGAUAUUAAUGGCAGGAAAUGUUCCAAUCUCGUUGAGAGUUUGUCAAAUGAGCAAAAUCUUCCGGAGAUGAUAAUUGAAGACAUGUUUAAGAUUGAGGAUUCCAUUUUUCCUCUGGAUCCAAAUGGAGGGCAGAAAAGAAGCCCCUCCAAUGUUGGUCACAGUGACUUGUCUGAUGCAGAGUAUAAGGUGGAUGAUGCUGUGGAGAAGGUGUCUUCUCUUGAUUGUAAAAGCAACCAAGCUGAUGCUAAUACCACAAUACCAUAUGGCUCGCAGAGGGAUUGCUCUAAGAAUUUUGAAAGUGACAAUGUGCUGCUUUCUAGUAAAUUUGAUCUAGAAAAUGAUGGAUUUUGUUCAAUUUCUAAUAUUCAUCCAUUGAUCAAGAAGAAGUUGAUGCAUAUGCAGAACUCUGUGUUCUUCAAGAACAACCCUAGAGUUCCUUUCUUCAAUGAUUCAGCUAAUAUUUUGUGCCCUUCCUGCACUCAACAAAGACUGUCUUGUUCCUGCACCGGUACAAACCAUUCAUUGGAUAUGACAAAUCUCGACCAGCUUUCUAAAGCUAAAAGGAUGGGUAUCUUGGGACUUUCCCCUGAAGAUGAAGUGGAGGGGGAAAUAAUUUACUUACAAGCAAGGCUACUCGAUAAUGAUGUUGUGGUCAAGCAUAGUUAUGAAGAUUUAUUGUUGAAGAUUGUCCAGAAUCUUUCACAUGAGCUAAAUGCUUCAAAUAAACACAAAUGGGAUUUAAUCCUUGUGAAUCAGUUUCUCCGUGAAGUUAGAGAAGCAAAGAAGCGGGGAAGGAAAGAGAGAAGGCACAAAGAAGCCCAGGCUGUACUUGCUGCUGCUGCUGCAGCAGCUGCAGCUUCAUCAAGAAACUCUUCAUUAAGGAAAGAUUCAAAUGAUGAGAUCAUCUCAGCAACUCAAGAGAGCUCUAUAAAAGUCAAUGCUGCAACUGGUAGAGCAGGGUUCUCCACUGCAUCGGUGCCUCGGGCAAGAGAGGCUUUGAGGUCAUCCGUUGCUAAACUAUCAUCAGAUAAGCAUUCUCUGGCUUUUCAGAUGCCAGAUCUUUUAAAAGAUAAUGCACUGUCAUGUGAAAUUUGCAUGCGAACUGAGACAAUAUUGAACCGGAUCUUUGUCUGUUCAAGCUGCAAGGUUGCUGUUCACUUAGAUUGCUACCGUAGGCUUAGAAAUCCAAUUGCUUCAUGGAAAUGUGAGCUAUGCGAGGACAUGUCCUUGCCAUCUACUAGUCCUAAAAGUCAAACAGAUGGCAAGGAUAGAUCUGCUGCUAUAGCUCAAUGUGGCUUAUGUGGUGGUGCAACCGGUGCCUUUAGAAAGUCAGCAGAUGGUCAGUGGGUUCAUGCUUUAUGUGCAGAGUGGCUGUUGGAGUCGAAGUUCAGAAGAGGGCAAGAAAAUCUAGUGGAAGGAAUGGACACUAUUUUGAAGGAAAAGGACACUUGUGGUAUCUGUUAUUUCAAUUUUGGUGCAUGCCUAAAGUGCAGCUAUGGACACUGUCAAUAUACUUUUCAUCCUUCCUGUGCUAGAGCUGCUGGAUUUUACAUGAAUGCCAAGGCCACUGGUGCAAGCUUACAACAUAAGGCUUAUUGUGGCAAGCAUAGCAUAGAGCAGAGAGAGGCUGACAACCAGCAAUGUGGAGCUGAGGAUCUGAAGAGCUUAAAACAAAUACGGGUUGAAUUGGAAAAAUUGCGUCUUCUUUGUGAACGCAUUAUCAAAAGAGAAAAAUUAAAGAAAGAGUUGGUUCUUUGUUCACAUGACAUACUUGCUUCAAGAAGGGAUUGUGUUGCGUAUUCAGUGCUUGUAAGGAGUUCCUUUUUCCCAACUGGCACUAGUUCUGAAUCUGCUACAACCUCUAUAAAUAAUAGAUCCUACAGUGGAACAGUUCAAAGAUCAGACGAGAUCACUGUGGACAGUACCGUUUCUGGUAAAAACAAAAUUAGGUUUUCCUUGAACAAUAGGGACUUUGAUAGAAACACUGAUGACAGCUCUACAUCACAACUAUCAUAUAAAUGGAAAUUAGCCAAUAGGGAAUCUUUUGCUGGUAAGCAACUUCCACGCAGAUCAACAUCUAUUGCUUCAAGGAGAUCAGCAGAAGAUGGAGAAAAGAAUGCUAAGGCAAGAAAGACUGAGACUUUCCAGAAGGAGCUUGUGAUGACUUCAGACCAAGCUUCUAUGCAGAAUCAACGGCUUCCUAAAGGAUUCUUUUAUGUUCCUGUUGGCUCUCUUUCUAAAGAAAAGCCAAUUACCCAGGAUUUGGAGUCUUGUGAGCCACGAGAGCUGGGUGGUUAGUUGCAAAAAUGCGCCUGUCGGUGCUUUCUUUCACUAAUGGAAACCAGGGUGGCCCAGUGUACAAUUUCAAAAGAGAGUGCAGGUUGGUUGGUGUGCUGAUGUUGCAAAAACAGAAAGGCUGAUGAAGAGAGGGUUCGCCAAUGUAUUCAUACGACAAAGAUGCGACCACGAAGCAAAUUUCGAUAUCAAGUUUGUAUAUCUAUCGAAGAAAAAAUGUACAAAGGGCAAGAGGGAGUUUCCAUUAACGUAUGAUUUGGGCUUCAGUGUCUGUUGACUGCCAACCAUAGGCUGCCUGCCAUCGGCUCCCGGCUUCAUGGGUACACUAGGAACUUGGCUCCUGCCAUGCAUCUGUAUAUGUGGGUAUAGGAUCAUUUAGGUUUCAGGUUUAAAUUAUUUGUACAUUCUUGGUAUCCUGAUAUCUGGGCCUUUUUUUUUAAGGACUGGUAGCUAUUUUCUUUGCCCAGGUUUCUUGUUAGUGUCAUCAUUAUGAUAUUGCAGAAAAUGGAAAAUUACAUAGUUGAAAGUUCA